AUGUCUUGCUAUAUCGAGUCCUGUGGACCUUGCGGGGUGACCUGCCCUCAGCCAAUUGCCGAGAGCUACAAUGAGCCAUGCGUGCAGCAGUGCCCUGACUCCACAACAGUGAUCAUCCCACCCCCGGCUGCAGUGACAGUGCCGGGCCCCGUGUUAAGCUCUUUUCCUCAGAACAGUGUUGUGGGAUACUCAGGCCCAGUUGGGAUUGGGAGCCCCUUCAGUUUGCAGGGCUUCCAGGGCUUUGGGGGCUCUUUUGGUUCUGGGGGUUCCCAGGGUUAUGGGCCCUUCCUGGGCUUUGGUGGCUCCCAGGGUUAUGGAGGCUCCCGGGGCUCCUGGGGUUACAGGCAGUCUUUGGGCUACGGAAACUCACUCGGUUAUGGCAGUUCCCCAGGUUAUGGGGGCUCCUGGGGUUGUGGGAGCUCCCAGGGCUACGGGGGCUCCUGGGGCUCCCUGGGCCAGUAUGGGUCCAUGGGCUUUGGCA